AAUUGUUACUCAGGGACACAGAAUUGUUACUCAGGGACACAGAAUUGUUACUCAGGGACACAGAAUUGUUACUUAGGGACAGACACAGAAUUGUUACUGAGGGAGUGGCACAGAAUUGUUACUGAGGGCCACAGAAUUGUUACUCAGGGACACAGAAUUGUUACUCAGGGACACAGAAUUGUUACUCAGGGACAGACACAGAAUUGUUACUCAGGGACACAGAAUUGUUACUGAGGGCCACAGAACCGUUACUUAGGGCCACAGAAACGUUACUCAGGGACAGACACAGAAUUGUUACUCAGGGACAGACACAGAAUUGUUACUGAGGGACACAGAAUUGUUACUGCGGGGCCACAGAAACGUUGUUACUUAGGGCCACAGAAACGUUAUUAGGGCCACAGAAUUGUUACUCAGGGACACACAGAAUUGUUACUCAGGGACACAGAAUUGUUACUCAGGGACCACAGA